GGUCAUGACGCUAUGAUAGGGUGUCUCGUCUAUUCGCCAGACAGCAGAUGGGUAGCGACAGGGUCUUACGACAACACCAUCAUCCUCUGGGACACGACUGGGCGAUGCAUAGAAGAAUGGGUAGCACACGCGGGGGUGAUCAGUUGCUGUGCAUGGUCCCCGGACGGUACUGUGAUUGCCUCCGGAGGUUCUGAUGGAAGAGUACGCCUCUGGGACGCUCGCACGUUCUGCUUGAUCCAUGUCCUGGGCUACGAGCACAACAACCCGUACAGUUUGUUUGUCCACUUCUCCGCCGACGGCCGUUGGCUCGCCUCCGGGGGAUGUCAGGUCGAUUGCUGUAUGUGGGACGUUGCGGCAGGCAAGCUCCACAAGGUCCUCAAAGGGUCGAAUUCAUUUCGGACUGCGACCUUCGAUCCAGGGAGCACUCGCCUCGCCGCGGCGUCUGAUGGCUACAAGGCCGGAAUCUGGGACAUCGAGACAGGAGAACCCCUCGUCGUAUUGCAGCAACGUACGAAAAGAGUAUCUGAUAUUAGUUUCUCACCGGAUGGGAAGCUGGCGUUGUCUGGGUCAUACGAUGAGACGGUGGAGAUAUGGGACGUACGGAGCGGCCUCUCGAUCAUGUCGCUUCUGGGACACACUGGUCACGUCUAUGCAGCAUGCGUCUCUCCGUGUGGGAAGUAUAUCGCAUCGGCCUCGUACGACGGGACGGUGCGGUUGUGGAGGACAAGGGACGGGUCGUGCCUUGUGACGUUCGUGGAGCAUCAGGAUCGCGUGAGGCACGUAGCUUUCUCUCCUGAUGGCCAGACACUUUCAUCUGGAGCGAAUAACGGGACA